GCUAGCUGUAUUUUGACAAUUCUUCUUGUGGAACUCUAGAAACUUCCGGCGACGAUCGUCAAGAGUAAACGCAUCUCAAUUCUCACCGGACGAUGGCUUUGGAAUGGGUUGUUCUUGGCUACGCCGCCGCCGCUGAGGCAAUCAUGCUCCUCUUACUCACUCUUCCAGGUCUCAAUCCCAUUCGUAAGGGUCUGAUCUCCGUUACUCGUAGUCUCCUUAAGCCUUUCCUUUCGAUCGUCCCUUUCUGUCUCUUCCUUCUAAUGGAUAUCUACUGGAAGUACGAGACUCGACCUUCUUGCGAAUCCGACAGUUGCAGCCCUUCAGAACAUCUCCGUCACCAGAAAUCCAUCAUGAAGAGUCAGCGCAAUGCCCUGCUCAUCGCCGCAGCUCUUACAUUCUACUGGCUAUUGUACUCCGUUACUGGCCUCGUUGUUCGCGCCGAUCAGCUCAGCAAGCGAUUGGAGAAGAUAAAGGCAAGUGAUUGAUUUCGUUUUGGAUCUGGGUUUACAUACACCCUAAGAUUUUCUUCAAUAGAUCUAAGCAGCCUCUACUCGUUUGUUUACAUUCUGUUCCAUGUUUUGUAAUUUUGGUCUGUUUGCUUGAUUAUUUACUUGUUCAGACACCUUCGAUUACUUCAUAUAAGGGUCCAUGUUCGAUUUUGUGAUGACAUCAAUAAUUUUGGGUUGAAAUGUAUGCUACUCGAUUGAGAUUGAAACUUAAUAUUUUCACUUCAUGAUUGUG